AUGAAAUAUAAUAUAUUCUUCUUCUUUGUAUUAAUAAUCACUUUAUUCAAUGCUACUAGAGCUUUAAUAAGAAAUACAUAUAAUUCUAAAGCAUUAACAGCUGACCAAAAUAAUGAUCAAAACAAUGCCCAAAAUGUUAGUCAAAAUAAUUCCUUAAAUAAUGAAAAUUCAUGUGCAAUCCAAAAGAUGGCUGAGGAAAUGAUUGAAAAAUUGUUGAAUGAAAAGGAUUUAUUUACUACUAUAAUGGAAGCAUUACAAAGUAGAUUGAACGAUGAUUAUCUAUGCACAGAACAAAAAUUUACAAACAUUUGCAUACAUGAAAAGGACCAAAAGGCUUUAACAUUCCCAUGUUCUAGUAGUAAAUAUGAGGCAUUAAUACAUAAAUUUACAUAUAGAAAAUUAUGCCAUUCUAAAAUAGCUUUUAGUAAUAUAUUAUUGAAAUCAUUCAUUGAAAAAAAGGAAUCAGAAAAUACUUUUAGUACCAUAUUGAAGCAUUAUAAUCUUUUAUUAAAAUGUGUAGAUAAUGAUUUAAAAGAAAUUUAUAGAUCAUCAAUUCAAUUAUUUACUGAUUUAAGAACUUCCGUUGUAGAUUUGUCAGAAAAAUUGUGGUCUAAAAAAAUUAUCGAUGUUCUAAAAAAAAGGGAACAUUUAAUUGCAGGAAUUUUUUGUGAAUUAAGAAACGGUAGCCAAUCAAACUUGGUGUCAAAUAGUUUAGAAUUUGAAAAUUUUGGAAUUUUAAAAAUUAAUAAUGAAGAUAUUUUAAACGAAGCAUUUUAUGCAUUUUCAGAAUACUAUUACUAUUUCCCAUAUUUUGCAACUAAAUUAUUGGAAAAAGGUGGAAUGAUUGAAAGAUUAAUAAAUAUACAUGAAAAAUUAACUAGCUAUAGAACUCAACAUAUAUUAACAAGAAUAAAUGAGCAAUCUAAAACGGAAGUUUUAAAUAAUGAAGACGUUUUUCACAAUUUAAGUAGUUAUAAGCACCAUCAUGCAAACAGUAGCAAUUCUUUCGCCCAAUUUAAAGAAAUAAAAGAGACUAAUUCAGAGACUAAUGAUAAUAUAAAUACAAACACAAAUGCAACUGUAAAUACAAAUUCAAAUACAAAUGUAAAUACAAAUACAAAUGCAAAUACAAAUACAAAUUCAGAUUCACAUUCAAACCCAAAUCCAAAUCCAAAUCAUAAUUCAGAUACAAUUGCAAAUCCUAAUUCAGAUACAAAUACAAAUCCUAAUUCAGAUACAAAUACAAAUCCUAAUUCAGAUACAAAUACAAAUCCUAAUUCAGAUACAAAAACAAAUCCUAAUUCGGAUACAAUUACAAAUCCUAAUUCAGAUACAAAAACAAAUCCAACUUCAGAUACAAUUACAAAUCCUAAUUCAGACACAGUUAUAAAUAUAAAAGAAAAUCAACCCCAAAUUUCAAAUACAAAUAAUAACAUUGUAAUAACAAAACCUCAGGAAUUAUCAAAUACACCAGAAAAUAGUAAGAAUACAAAAUCUCAAGGUAAUGUAUUAAACAAUCCUCUAUAUUCAAUCAGUUCACUAAAAUCAAAAAAUAUUGUAGACUUAAUAAAAGAUUUAAUAAAAGAUACAAAUAUUGUUAAGUUUGAAAAUAAUGAACCAACAAAUAACAUAGAUGAAGAAGGAAUUAAAAAACUUAUAGAAAACUCCUUUCUUGAUUUAAAUGACAAUACUAUGUUAGUCCGUUUAUUAAUAAAACCACAAGCAGUAAUUUUGUCUGUAAUUCAAUCAUUCAUAUUGAUGACACCAUCUCCAGAAAGAGAUGCCAGAACAUACUGUAAAAAAGUAUUAGUUAAUGAUGAAUUAAUUGAUAGUGCUGAUAUAAAAGAUGUUUCAGAAGAAGAAGAUUUAGUUAACAAAUUUGCUAGUAAAUACAAUUUAGUUUAUGAAAAAAUAAAAUUAGAAGAAUUAAGGGAAAUUGAACAAAGUAAGAAAACUAUUAAAAAUUCAAAGAAACAUUUAUCAGCAAUUGAAGUUCAAAAUGUACAAAAUAGGAAUGAAAAAAGUAUGGCGGUGAAUAAAUAUGAUUCAAAUAACAAUGCUCCUUUAAUCGCUGUAGUACGUGAUCCAAAUGGUGAAAAAACAGAUGAUAUAAUAAAUAAUAAUGUUGACUUAUACUCUUUGUCUGGAGAUGUAGACCAAACUUUUGAAGAUCCAAAUAAAAAAAGUGGAACUUCAUCCAUGGUGCUUUCUAACAUCUUAUUUCUUUUAUUCUUUUUUUUUUAUUAUUUUAUCUAA